AUGCAUUCAAACACCUCAUCACCAUCAUUACAUGAUGAUUCCUCUGCGCAGACGUUGCAACAGGGGUUGCGAAAUAAGAUGUCUGUCAGUUCUGCAUUGAAGGCCGUGGUGCACCACUUCAAAAGACAUGUGGGCGUCGGUAUCAUAUGUGCAGUCGGUUAUUUCGAUCCCGGUAAUUGGAGCGUCGAUAUUCAAGCAGGCGUUAGCUUUGGGUAUCGACCUAUGCUAUUCGUUAUUUUACUCGCUGGAAUCAUUGCAGUGUUGGCAGCUAGACUCGGCUGUGUAACUGGUCUAGAUUUGGCUCAUCAUUGUAGACUACUUCUCAAUGACCAUCCAAAGCACCCACGGUUGGUCCGGCGACUUGUGCUGUAUCCUCUCUAUGCCCUAUGCGAAAUAGCCAUCAUCAGCACGGAUCUUGCAGAAUUACUUGGUUCGGCCAUCGGUAUCUGCCUGCUUUUUCCAAAAGUCCCCCUGUGGUCCGCCGUGCUCAUUACUGGUGUCGACGUUUUUAUCUUCCUCAUCGUAGGCGACCCCUCGCGAACAGGACGUCCAGUGCGAUUUUUUGAGCUGGUAAUCAUAUUAUUGGUUGCAAUGGUCUUCAUAUGUUUCAUCUUGCUACUAGUCAAGGUCCACCCAGACUGGCCACAGGUGUUUUUGGGCUUCGUGCCAUCUUCGGGUCUUUUUCAGUCACAGCCCAACGCAAUCUAUGCAGCCAUUGGAAUUAUUGGUGCCACGGUCAUGCCCCAUGCGCUGUUUCUGGGCUCGAACCUUGCAACCCAGGAUCGUGUUUCAGACCCACCAAAGCCACUUCCGACACCUGCAGACGCAAGGCGGCUGUCAUUUUCUCAAAGAUUUAAACAGUUUUGGAGGAGUAUUUUAUAUUUUUCACGAUCAGAACGUGACACCGGGAAAGACUAUACCUCUCGACAUGGGUUUCGUCAGAACAACUCGUUAGAAUUUAUUCGCGCUCAUAUUAGCCACGGAACCGUCGAUCUCGUAUUCAGUCUAUUGGGACUUGCGGUGCCAAUCAACUCGGCGAUAUUGAUUUUGGCCGCUGCCAUGUUCUACUCGUCCGACUACAACGCCUCAAUCGGACUGGAAAACAUGCAUACCUUGAUGCAACAAACGCUUGGGUCAGCCGCAGCAGUAAUCUUUGCACUCGCCCUGGUCUGCUCGGGCCAAACUGCCAGCAUUACGGCGACGCUUGCAGGACAGAUUGUCUCCGAAGGAUUUAUAUCGUGGAACAUCUCUCCAUUUAUCCGCCGUCUUCUCACACGCCUGAUCAGUCUAAUACCCUCUAUGAUCGUGGCUAUUUCAUCUGGGGGGGCAGGAAUUAACGCUCUCCUCAUUGCAUCACAAGUCGCCCUGUCAGUUGUCCUCCCCUUCGUCGCAUUCCCCCUCAUCUACCUCACGUCGUCAAAAACGGUGAUGUCUGUCAGAACGCCGAAAGUGAUCCAAGAAAAACUUGUCAAGACUCCGCCGAUAACUUCCACGCACGCAAAAUUCCCUGUUUCUGACGCACUGUCUACCCACCGGGUGGGCACUAGCAUUACAGUUGUUGAGCGAAACAUUGAAGGUCGUGAUGAUUCAAUGAAACAUUCGUCAAUACAGGCAUACGAAACACAGGAAACCCAGGAAUACAGUGUUGUCGACUUCAGCAACGGAUAUAUCGUUACAUGGCUUUCAUGGAUCAUCUGGGUGGUGAUAUUUGCUGCCAACGUUUAUGCUAUUGUGAUGCUUGGAUUAGGACAAACGUGA